GACUUAUUCGACAAUCAGUGUCUAACAACUCGAGGAUGAGUAAACAUUCACGGUGCUAAGAGAGUCAUCAUGAAUAUCCAAAAGUCUUUUGCUUUGCUCUCUGUUUUCCUCUUUGCAUUUCCAUCAAGCGCUGAAGAUUUGUUGGAAAAAGUGGAGAACUUGUACUCUCAAUUAGCUGAAUUAUCGACGCAAAUUGAGGAACUCUCCACCACGACAGGUCAAAAUGCCGUUACCGAGGCUUUUUUGGAUGAUGUUGCAUCCAACGAGGCUGAGAAUCUCUCCACCAUCCAAAAUACUGAAGUGUCCAUUAAAUAUGAAAAUCCCUCCACCAAAUUCGCUGUAAGUCACGAUUCGGCACAAGGACCUGAGAAAAUAUCCACUACACACGUUUCCGAAACCCACGAGACGUCGACCCAAGCAAAAGGGUUUUCUGCCCAAAAUUCUGUUGACAAUGUUGCGGUCCCCGAAAAGGAAUCAUCAAUCAUCAAUGAAGGCUUUACUGAAGAUCCUAGAAGCCAAACGGAAGACACAACCGAGGAGCGUUUGCGAGAACCUGAACAACUCACGUCAAACGUUAACGAUGAUGGCGAAACGUUUCAUAUCGACCAUCGCGAAGGUUCCGAAUCACACUCAGGGCACGGUCAAGAAAGUAACACAGUGCCUCCUCAUCGCCGACAAACGACGAGGGAGAAACUCUCCGGCAAUGCCAUGAUUCUAGGUUGGGGUGGCAUUUGUCUCGUCUUGGGUGCCCUAUUCUUUGCAGUGUUCACUCUAGUCGGGAAUCACUUCGCCAAAAAAAGAGAUGAGCAAUCCAGACCCAUUGUGGUAGUUUAAUGCCAGAGCCAAAGUUAUUGCGGGAAGCCCAUAUCGGAAAUAAAGAUAGGACGAAUGUCUCACAGCAUAGUAGUUCAUAGUCAAACUCGCAAGCACAGUAUGACAAGUGGUGUUGAAUCGGUGUGCAUUGUUACAAUUUUAUGAGAAAUACCUGGAAUACAAAACAAUUCUUUGUGCCAUGGGAA